CUUUACGACUCCUCAGAUCCCCGCUACAGAAAUCCUCGUCUCUCGCCCUAUACUGCGUGCUAAAGCUGCUCGCUUUCUCUUUUUCUUUCCUCUGUUGAGAAAACCUUUGUUUGUUCUCUCUCUGUUUACAACAUGGCUUUUUCAAGAGUGGUUUUGGCUUUGAUGAUGUUCGCUGUUGUGGUUGGAGCAGCGGUGGCUCAAGCACCGGGAGCAUCACCGGCGGCUUCACCGAAGAAAUCACCGGCUCCAGCAGCAUCACCAAACAAGGCAGUUACCGCACCGACUCCCUCCGCUGCUGCGACGUCACCGGUUUCCGCUCCCAAGACCUCGCCAACCGCCGGUCCCGCGGCUUCUCCACCAUCGCCUUCAACCGUUGCUACCCCUGCCUCUGGUCCUUCUGCUACUUCUCCGUCGUCCAUCGCUGGCAAUCCUUCUGGUGCUCCAGCUUCCACUCCUAACGGUGCUCCCGCUUCCACUCCUGGUAACGGUGCUGCAUUGAACAGAGUCACCGUCGUUGGAUCUGCUGGCGUAGCAUUCCUUGCUGCCGCCUUGUUGUUCUAGAUCUUCUCCGAUCCGGCGAGAUUUGUUUUCCACUAGACUUUCUUUAGCAUCUAUAUUUAUUGUUCUUUUUUUUUUUAAUCAUUUUACGGUGACGACAGUGGUAGUGAUGAUAGUAGCUCUGGUGACGCUGAUGAUGAGUACAUUAUUUUGAUUUACUCUUUUUUUUUUUUUGCCUUUUGGUCUGUGCACUUGAUUUAUUAUCAUUAUUGUUGAUUUAUUAUUA